AUGCCCCUCAACUCGUCGCCAUGGCCGCCUUCUCCGAGCUCGUCGGAAAUGAGCCAAUACAGGAUGAACUACACGCCGCAGCCGCCACUGCCCAUGGCACGGUCCAACUCGUCGGACACGUUCGGCAGCAACCCCACUCCAAUCCCGAAACUGCAACGCAAAAAAUCGAGUGCUUCUUUGCUUGUUGGUGGCAUCGGACGUGGUCUGGGGCGAGCCACAUCGGUUCUCCGCAAGGCUAGCAACAGUAGCCAGCAACCCGCAGCAGAUCUGCCCGCAUUCGGCACUAUCCCUCUGAAUAGCCAGCCGCGUUCACUGGGACCUACAUGGGGUCGUCGAACAAAGCGUCACGGCUCGUCAACGCUCCAAGAUUUGUGCGAGGACGACGACGAGCCCAUGCCGUCUGGUAGACGGGGCGGGCAUGACCGCAACGAGAUGCCAGUCGGGUGGGUCGAAGUUUUAAAGUCUGCCCCGCCUGCAGACAUGUACAAAACGGGCUCCUCGAGUGCAACGCCGGUUUCAAAGCCACCAGGCUCGGGUGUAAGCUUGCCGUUCAACGUCCAGCACGACUUGCACGUAUCGGCUGAUCUCGAUGGCAUGCCAGACGACUGGAUAACAAAGCUCAAGGCACAGGGGCUGUCGGAGGCUGACCUGCUUCUCAUCACUGCUGCGCAAAAGAAGCAACGUGCAGUGCCACUUAUCAAGUUGAAGCCACUGCAAGCAGGACAACCUGCGCAACCAGCACCACCACAAGCACAACCAUCAGUGCCUGCACCUACACCUGCACUUGUUACUGUGCCCGCAGCUGCCACACCACCGGCACUGCCUACUCCCCAGACGUCGCCCAAGACUAAGGCCGAAAAUAUCUCGCCCACGGAUCCUGCAGAGCCUGUGGCACCACCUGCAUACACACCAGCACCGGUACCGGCACUGGCCAUGCAGCCGUUACCGCCGGUUCCCCAGUCUUCGGCCCACACAGCAUCUCAGGUUCACAGCCGGCAAUGCUCGGCCGCCGACGCCACGAUUGUCACCGUCACUGGAGCCGGUGUCAAACGAAAGCCCAGUAUCAUCUCCAAGCUCCUCGACGAUCUUGACUCGGUGAGCUCGCGCCCGUCAAGACCAAGUGUAUCGCGUCCAUCAAGGUCGCGUGCCCGGUCGUCUGGCGAACCCCGCGUCCGCAAGCCCGCGGAGGCACCAGCGCAUACAGGCCAGGCUGUGGUCCUCGUCGACAACCCCGUGCCGCCACCACCAGAGGGCGACAAUGAGGAUGAGCCAGUCACCUCGUCGGUUCGCCAGCGAACGCAGUCGCAGUUUAGCGCGCUCAGCGCAACGAGCGCAAUGUCGUCGUCGCGUGGCUCGUCACUGCACCGUGUCGAGUCGAGACGUAUCUCGGUCGAGCUGCGCGGUUUCCGUGAGCUGGCGAUCAAUGGCGAGGAUGGGUGGGCCUCCUCGGUUCUCGCGGCCUGGGACGACGAGCCUGACGUUGCCGUGACGCGUUCCCAUGUACGUUCGUCCAAAGCGCCUGCAAGGGUGGUAUCAAAGCGUAUUCAGCGUGUCCCGGAACUCGACCUCGCGCAGCCGCAGCCGCCCGCUCUCGCUCCGUCGUACGGUGUCGCUCUCACGCCUCCCUUGGAGAGUACUACUACGCCUUCGACCGCCGACACCCGAGCGCCCAUUCCAUUCUACGACAGCCCCGUCGCCUCGGCGUCUGCUCCCGCGAGCCACAGGUCACCGACGCUGGUAGCUCCUUCCCCGCACCCCGACUCCCCCGAGGUCGAGGUUGUUAUGCGUAGGCGAUCCAAGUCGUUUGACUUUGACCCAGCUCUCCGCGCGACGCUGUACUCGCCGCCUCCGCCGCCACCGCGACCUCCCCGCGGCAACGGCCCGAGGGCGUUGUCGGGUUACGAAGUGACCACAGUCCCACUGGCGACUGUGGUAGCUGCACCCAUCGUGCGCUCUGUUGACGGCCACCACCGCCGUAAGAGCGUCGACUCGUUUGGCGUCGCCCACUCGCCCUCUUCGGCUGGGUCAUCACGCUGCCCCUCGUCGUCCGAGCUGGACCUCGGCACCCCGCCCCUGGAGCCGCCAGAGAAGGCCCACACAAAGCCCCAAAAGGAACGUACCCCGCCUAUCCGCUCGCUGGGUUCAGCAGUGGCACUGCGUGCUCUGCCCCAACCACCGCGGCACGGCGACAACAUGCCCAACGACGAGCGUCCGCCGUCGUCAGAUGACAUUGUGGCAAUGUACGGUGACGAUGGUGACAAUGGCGACUCGCCCAGUACCAUGGCUAGCCAUGACUUGCCGCCAUUCAAUGCGUCUACGACCUCUGUCCAGUCCAUCCCUCUGCGCCCAGGCCACAGGAACCAGCACCUCCAGCACCUCCAGUUCCCCGUCUCGGCCACGAGCCUUAACCUCAACUCGCCGCCCUUCCCCAUCCACCACGCGACGUCGGAGGAGUCUGACGGUGAAAUGGGUUUCUCCCCCUCGUCGUUUGGCGGCAGCUCCCUCCCUGCCGUGUCGGCUCUGGGAUUGUGCCUCACUAUCAGCGAGUCGCACCCGCGGUCGCGCUCGCACUCGCAGUCGCGCAACUCGGGCAGCCACUCGGGCAGCCACUCGCGCUCGCACUCGCCCGGCGCCAGGUCGGGCAAGGAGAACAGGGACGAGCACGACCCCCGGGACCGCGACUUGCGCAGCUCCAUGCUCUCGCGCAUGGGCAGCAUCACGUCCGUUGCGUCUUCGGCGCACUCGUACUCGCUGCACGAAGUCACCGUGCACCGCGCAUACACGCGUGUGCUCCGCCGCGUAGCCGAGGGCGCCGAGACGCCCAACGGGAGCGAUAUGGACCACGGCACGGCGUCGUCGACCGCCAGCGCGAGCGAGUGCACCGCCGGCGCUAUGGGCGCACUGGAGGAGGCGGCGUGGCGUGUCGCGUUGCGCGAGCGUGUGGCGACGGGGUAG